GCUCCAAUGAACUCUCUCUUUGACCCUACUGAAGCGUGCAUCUUUCUUUCUGUUUUUUCUUCAUUCUCUUUGCUCUUUGAAGUUUUCUUCUACAAGAUCUCCUUUGCCUCAUGUUUUUCUUCUUCGAUAUACAUCUUAUUGUGAAAAAGCGAUUCUUUGCGCUCAUUUCAAUUGUGUGUUAUCAAGGAUGAAACAUUGAAUUUUUAUCUCUUUCUUUGCUGUUUUCAAAUUGCGUGGUUUUUUAUAAAUUAUUUCUUUUCAAUUAAAAAGUGUGACAAUCGAAAAGUUUUAAUUUAGUUUUUGUGAUAUGUUUUUAACGAAAAGGAUCUAAAAUAUAGACAUUGAAACAUGAAUAUUCGAGUUUUGUUAACGCUAUUACUAUUCAUCUUUAUGUGUGAUACAUCCUCAUGUUUGAAGACUGAUCGAAGCGAAUCGUUCUUUAAUAAUGGUCCAAACAUUAGUCGUCGCAGUCGAAGAAUCGGAUUAAAUGAAUAUUUAGUUCCACCUCCAAUAUCAAAAUCUCAUUCUCUGAGAACAGGAAGAGUGACAAAUUCUUCGCCAACGGAACCAUCAGGAUAUCUCUCACAAUUGAUGAAUUGGUUAAAUCCCUUCAAUUAUGAUUCUUCCACUUCUGCACCAUUAAAAACAUCAUCACACAUUGAAGUAUCUUAUCCUCCAUCCUCUCAAUCUUAUGGCCCAUCAACGUUUAACUUGCAUUCUACUCUACAACUUGAUCCACCUCCUUAUCCUCCAUUUGGAUCUCAAACUGGUUCACUUCUUCAUUCUCCAAUUGGACUUCAAACUGGUCCAUCUUUACAUUUCCCUAUUAGUUCAUCCGCUCCUGCUCAACAUCCUGCACGUCUAUUGCACACAGCUUCUUCCGUUCUUCAUCUUGGUCCACCACGUAGCUCUCCCUCUGAUCCAAGUUUACAAUUUUACAAUUUUAAUGUCCCUUCAGACAAUUUUCUCGACGUGCAACGUGCUCAGAAAGAUCAUCGUGCAAUUCAUAUAUCAACGAACAAAAGGAAACAAUGCAAUCCUUGUAAUAAAGUUCCUUGGAUUCCAAUGCAAAGUAGAGGCCAUUCUGAUAAUUAUCCUCUUCCUCCUCCCCCUGCGCAAUUUUCAAACAGUUAUCUCCCUCCUAACAAUCAAGCAAGUCACGACGUCCAAUUCGCAGCUUCGCAUGAGAUCAGGACACCAGAAAUUUCUCAAGUACCCGUUGAUCAAAAUCCAUUCAACAAUCCAUUACUAAAUCCACAAUUAUAUUCUGCACCAAUGUUUCCACCAUACGAAACAAAAUCCUUCGAUAAACCAUUUCAAAAUCCAUCAGAGAUAGAAAAUUUCAAAUCACCUGUAAUACCGUUGGGUGGCCAGGAAUACAAAAACCCUAAAACUAAUGACGAACGUUAUAAUAUUCAUAACAACAAUGAUGUAAAAUCCAUUGGAACGGAAGGAAUACUUCAAAACCAAAAUGAAAUAAACAAAGGGCUUACAGAUCAUAAAGAAUCAUACGAUAGUUUUAUUCUCAAUACACAACCUUCUAUAUCAGGACCAUUUUUUGAUCAAGGAUAUAGUAAUAAUCCUUCGAUCUUGAACCAAGAAAAUGACGAAAUUUUAAAUCAGCCUGUGUCACAUGUUCAGAAAACUGUUAAUAGUUUUGGUUCGAAUCUUGAAAAUCACGAGUUCUCCAAUCAAAAUGAUUACCAAGAAUCGUUUAAAUCGAACCCAAUCCCGAAUACUGAUUUGAAUUUACCGCCAGAUUUAAAUCCAUCGGCAAGCUUCGGUACUUCAACUUUUUACCAAGAUAUGAGAAAUUUGAAUUAUUCUGACGACUUGUCUCCUAGCGGAAGUGUUAUGAAAGAUUCUCACGUAACGAUUCAGACACCUGAAACAAGUUUUGCUUUGAAAGAGGAAUCGAUACACUAUGAAGAAUCGCCAUUGUUCGAUCUAACGAAAAAUGGCGAAAGUCGACCAGAUGUACAAUGGCCGACUUCCACUAAUGGAUACAAUGAUUUCGAUGAUGUUUCCGACAAUACGAUGAAGACAACUACGGAUUAUAGUUUAGAAACCGAUAAUAUAUACUUCGAGAAUUCAUCGAGCUUUGCCAAACCAACUGAUUCUUAUACUUCGUCGGAUAUUCAAAACAUUAACAAUAUUUUGGAGACUUCGACAACCAUUACUGAUGUUUUUUUAAACCAUAAUAAAAAUCAGGAUAUCGAAACGUCAACAAUUACUACACAACAUACAAGUCAACAAGAUGUUUCAUAUAUUUCGCCAUCCGGACAACCGGAAUAUUUGUGGUCAAGUUUAUCCAUAAAUACGUCGAACGAUUCUUCGAGAAAUCAAGCGUUUUUGAAUCAUUUUGCUAAAUCGAACAAUUCUUUUCUAGAAACUAAGAAUUUUUGGAAGCAAGAUAGUGUAGAUUUAAAAAAUGUCAAAGAUAUAUUUCAGAAGCAACAAAAUAGGAAGCGAAAUAAACAAGUACAAGUUAUCAUACCGUAUACGUCAGAAUAUACACCAAUUCCGUUUCAACAAUCUUACGGAGAUUGGAGUAUCAAAACUAAUUUCAAUCGAACACAGUCAAGAAAGAUUCCUCAAAGUGAUGAUGAUAACUAUAUGCAACAAGAAUAUAGAAACGAAAUUCGAGUUGUUAAUCAUUUUCAAUCGCAAUUCAAUUUCAACAAUUCGAACAAAUUGAACAUGCAAUCGUUAAGAUCUGAGGAUUCACGAAGCACUACAAGAGCAAACACUUCCAUUGACGUACACAGAUUACAGAAAAAUAUCGAUAACUGGACGAUACAAGAAUAUUCAAAACCUACAACAUUUAGCACGAUUUUACCUAGUUCCUUGCACCCUUACCUUUCGCCGUCAAAGAAAAUUCCAACUGAAUACUUGACAACGACGGAACCAGGAGAUCACAGGAAUCAAUUGAAAGAUCACAAUGAAAGUGUGAAAAUAUAUUCUUUGGCUGGCUUUAGUUUCAAUGAAGUAGAACACGAAGGAUUCGCGAGCAAUCAUAUUGAACAAAUACAGCCGUCCGUGAAAAUUGAACGUAUAACUAAUCCAAAAACCAAUAACGUGCAUAGCGUAAAUAAAUCCGCGACAAAAGAAAAAUCGACAUGGGAAUCGCAUUCUGUAUCAAUAUCACCUGUAAAUAAAGAACGAGUUUACGUAGUGACGCCAUUACCAACACCGGAAAUACCUUUGAAAAACAGUUUGAAAAAACAACAAAGGAAAGAAGAACAAAAAAAUUUUCAACGAUCAAAUGAACGGAUUGUUAAUGAUACAAGCAAUAAUAAAAAUAAUUUAAGCGAAUUUGAGGCUAUCGAAAAAGCUUAUCAAGUACUUCCACAAGCUGUAAAUAAUCUUGCUAUAGCAUCUACAGGAAAGGAGAACAUCCCUUUGUGGGGAAUCAUGGAACACGAAGAAUUUGCUUCGUUGAAUUCGGAUGAAAACGAUGAGGAAACAGACGAUAUUGCAGAUGGACCAGUACUUUAUUCUGGACAUUCAAAGGUAUCACGAGCUAAACGAUGACGCAAAUAUUCCUUAAAUAUGAAAGCUGAAGGACACAAUUUUUAAUUGUAAAUAUUUGAUUGUAUCACUGUUUCAAUUUUAAGAACUUUUAUUAUUUGAUCUUCGUGUAUCAAAAUAUGAAUGAGAUAAGUCUAGUGUUUCCAAAUUUGAUUUCAAUCUUAUUACGGCCAGUGAAUACUAAUAAUAACUAAGUGAAUAUUAAUAAUAGCACUAAGUCAAUAUAAGUCAAUAAGUUAGUUAUUUGUAAAAUAAAUAGAUAUAUAAUCAAUCACAGAAAUAUUUGUAUCUUAUAUUACAAGAAAAUUAUCUUAUUCGAAAGUUUUAAUUUUAAAGUUUAAUUUUAUUGAACUUUAUCUGGAGCAUAAUGAGUUAUACAUGGAGCAAUUUUCUUAUCGACAGAAAAUUUCUUUGAGAGAGUAAAAUCAAUCCCCAAAAGUUGUAUCAAUUUUGAAAACAAUUGAUCAACAAUUUUGAAACAAUUGAUCAUCAUUUGGAAACAUUUUUUACAACAAAAUAAAAGAAUAUUAAAAAUUAGAUAUUUUAUAAUUUAAGAUUUUGCUUUAACUCAUACUCAUUUAUUAAGUUCUAUUAAAGUUUUAUUAAAGAAGAAAAAAUUAAAAAAAUAAAUUAAAAAAACAAA